UGCCCUUUCCCCCCCGCCCCGAUCACUAGGUUCAUAGGCGCUGACGUUCGCGGGACUCUCCCAUAUGGGGCCACAUGACAUAAACGGGGUGAAAGAAACGCACUAGAUAGUCAGGGAAUCGCACGUGUGAGAGCCUGGCCGGUGUCUCUAAAAGUUAGAGGUUCUUGUCGGGAGAGAUUUAGGCGGAUCGUCAGGGUUGGAAGGAACCUCUGAGGACCUACGCACACCUGUUAACCAGGAAAUACUUCUGUGGGGGUUCCACCGAGACCAAUUAGAAAGCUCUAAAGGCCUGGUUUAGAGCCUAAAGCCAUCUGUUGCUGAGUGUGGAGGAGGCCUUGCCUCGGCGGAAGUGGGACUGCCCCGUGGAAGUGGGACUGCCCCGAGCGUCGGCGUCUCCGCCCAGGCCGGCUCCACCAUGUCCAAGGUUUCCUUUAAGAUCACCCUGACGUCCGACCCGCGGCUGCCCUACAAAGUACUCAGUGUUCCUGAAAGUACACCGUUCACCGCAGUCUUGAAGUUCGCCGCGGAAGAGUUUAAAGUUCCUGCCGCCACGAGUGCCAUUAUCACCAAUGAUGGAAUAGGAAUAAAUCCCGCACAGACUGCCGGAAAUGUCUUCCUAAAGCACGGUUCGGAACUGCGAAUCAUUCCUAGAGACCGUGUUGGAAGCUGUUAAUGUCCUCUGCUUAAAGAUAAAUACACCUUUCAAAGUCAAUAUUGGUAUUGCCCAGCCGGUGUGGCUCAGUUGGUUGAGGGGACCGGACCAUGCACCAAGAGGUCGCCAGUUUGAAUCCCAGUCAGGGCACAUGCCCCGGUGUCGGGGGUGAUCCCCAAUGGAUGUUCCUCCCUCGUCAAUGUUUUUCUCUCUCCCUCUAUCUCUAAAAUCAAUAAAAACAUAUUUCAAUAAGUAAA